AUGGUCAAUGGCAUUGCAACGAAGGAAUACGACGCUUUUGCCAGUUCAAGAUGUCGACCCAACUUUUGGCUCAACCGGCCAGGCAACCUCGGAACAUCCCUCAAAUUGCUUGUGGAACCGUCAUUUGGGCUGUGCUUCACAUGUUUUGAUGCCGGCGCAGUCGAUGCCGACGGGAGCAAAUACGAGCCCACCAGCUCCCGCCCAGGUUGGAGACAAGCUGGAUAUGGAGCAGCCUGGCUGUCGUUCGCUCUGUUUACCCCAUACGGAGAUGCGCAGCAUAACACUUUACUCCACGCUUACGAGGAGGACUAUAGAAGGAUUCUGGAUUAA